AUGGGGAGGAAGUACAGUACUAGUGCUGUAGGGGAAGGUGGUAAUAAGAUUAUGUUUAAGGAGCUAUUGUGGGAGUUUAAUGAGCUAUUGAGUCGUCUCUAUAUUGGAGACUACAUUACAUGGCUUUCAUGGUUGAGCCAUGUUAAUGGUUUCGAAGCUAAAUUAGACAAGGUGGCUAAGCAAUUCGAUGACAUCUUAGAUAGAGUGAUUCAAGUUCGUGUAGAUCAUCGUUCGAAGACCAGUGGAAGUAGCGGUCAUGCGAAUCAUGUUGAUCCAAAUAAGGACAACCAAAUGGAUUUUCUGGACGUUUUGCUUGAGAUUCAAGAAGGAAAAUGUUCUGGUUUACCUAUUGAUAGAGUUAAUAUAAAGGCUAUUAUAUUGGAUAUGUUUGGUGGUGGCACUGAUAGCACAUACUCUGUCCUAGAGUGGACAAUGGCCGAGCUCUUAAGGCAUCCAAAGGUUAUGAACAAAUUGCAAAGUGAGGUCAGGGGAUUGGCCGGAAACAAAGAAAAUAUAACAGAGGAUGAUUUGAUUGAAAUGAACUACUUGAAGGCUGUGAUCAGGGAGACUCUUCGCUUACACCCUUCAUUUCCUAUACUAUCCAGGAUAUCCAACCAAGAUGGAAACGACUUCCGGUUGAUUCCAUUUGGAGCUGGCAGGAGGGUCUGUCCGGGAAUUCAGUUUGCCAUGGCUGUUAAUGAGAUUGCUAUAGCAAACUUGGUGCACAAGUUUGAUUGGUCAUUGCCUGGCGGAGCAAGCGGGGAUGAUUUAGACAUGACUGAAACUACCGGCAUGCCAAUACAUCCAAAGCAUCCUCUUAAAGCCGUGGCUACGCCAUUCUUGGCUAACCGCGCAUAG